CUCUUAUCACAUGUACGGCGGCUGCGGGAGCAACGGAAUGUUUUACGAGACCUUCCAUUUUUGGACGACCCUUGUAACUGGGCUCCGGAAGUUUAGUUGUAUCUUUGAAUUUGAGUCUUGCGACAGAGUAUGUCCGCGUCCGGCUGAGCACAAGCACACCAGUCGCAAAGCAGAAUAAACUCCCCCUUCUCUGUUGACCUCGACCAUUUUACCGUAACCUAGAAGGAUGUUGUUGGCAUUGCUCGCCGGACUGCGUAUAUCCACGCGACGAGCGCCACAUUCGGCCUCGACGGCGGUGUCACUGUUAAGACGCCACGGAACAGGGCGUGCUAUAUCAUACACUGCUGUUAAAGGAUACCCCACCAAUGUCCUCACUCUCGACCAAGCCCAGGAGGAUGGCGACGUCGUAGACAGCGGCCGUGUCAAACCGGAGCACGCUGUCAUCUCCACCUUCGAUCUCUUCAGCAUCGGCGUCGGACCGAGUAGCUCGCAUACCGUCGGGCCCAUGCGCGCUGGCAAGAUAUUCAUCACCGACUUGCAAGAACUAGGGUUACUGGAUCGGGUUCAAACGAUUAAAAUAGUUCUCUAUGGCUCUCUCGCGGCAACCGGGAAAGGGCACCAUACACCUCAGGCGAUCCUUCUCGGCUUAGAAGGCUCCGAUCCAGAAACGAUUGACUGUGGGACCAUACCUUCACGUUAUGAGGCCAUUCUGACCAACAAAUCGUUGCAUCUCGGCGGAAACCGUCGUAUUCAUUUUGAUAUGGACAGAGAUAUGCUAUGGAGAUGGGACCAGGUCCUCAAGACGCAUCCUAAUGGCAUGCGCUUCUCGUGUUUUGACGCAGAUGGUGGUCUCCUGGCAACCAACGAAUAUUUUAGUGUUGGUGGGGGCUUCGUGGUGAACGAGAAAACGAAAGUGGACGAGAAUUUAUUCUACAAAGGGGUAGACAAGCGCGUGGUUCACGGUGCACGUCUGCAUCAGACGCACCAAGCCGAAGAGGGCGAUCCCAUCCAUCCCUCCAAGGAUGACGAUCCAGGUCAUCCUCCCUACCCAUUCGAUUCCGGGAAUAGUUUACUUGCGCUUACCAGGAAACACAACUUAACGAUCGCUCAAAUCGUGCAUGACAAUGAGCGUUACUUUGGGCUCUCCGAGCAAGACAUCGGCGACAAGCUUACGCGCAUUUGGGCCGUCAUGGACGACUGCAUCCGCACUGGAGUGUCCACGACAGAGAGAACUCUUCCAGGUCGCCUUAAGCUUCGACGCCGUGCUCCAAUGUUAUACAGGCGUCUCAUGAGAGGCUUCUAUCCUGGUAUUGGAAUCCCAGCGACCCACCUCAUCGGCGCAAAUAUGUCCGCAGGCGCAGUAGACGCACCUGACGACAUGAAAGUAGAUCAGGUCAUCGAGGACCGUAGUGUUUCCCUGCCACGCAGCGGAAGCAGUCGCGCCCCCGUGGUAACGGGUUCAUUUGACCACGCUGUCCUGCCUGUGCCUCCUCGCAGGACGAACAUUCCAGCCGUCGAUUUCCUCUCCUGCUACGCGAUUGCAGUCAACGAAGUGAACGCCGCAGGUGGUCGCAUCGUGACGUCCCCCACGAACGGAGCUGCUGGUGUCAUUCCAGCCGUGCUGAAAUAUGUCGUCGAGUUCGUGAGCGACGAUCCAGAGAAAUCGAUAAAGACGUUCCUGUUGACUGCUGCUGCCAUCGGCAUGCUCUUCAAACGUGGGAGUACAAUAUCCGCUGCAGAGGGUGGCUGUCAAGCAGAAGUUGGAGUUGCCUGUUCUAUGGCUAGUGCCGGCUUCGCGGCAUGUAUGGGCGCAUCCCCAGAGACCGUUCUGCAGGCGGCGGAAAUAGGGAUAGAACAUAACCUUGGCCUUACUUGCGACCCCAUCGACGGUUUGGUUCAAGUGCCGUGCAUUGAACGGAAUAGUCUAGGAGCUGUCAAAGCAAUCACCGCUGCUCAACUUUCUAUGGCUAGCGAUGGUGUUUAUCGGGUCACUCUCGAUGAGGCAAUCGAGGCGAUGCGAUUGACCGCGGCCGAUAUGAGUGUCAAAUAUAAGGAGACAAGUCUUUCUGGUCUUGCUACGACGGUCAAGAUUCCCUUGACCGUUCCGGCUUGCUGACCGAACCGCCUCCUGUGCUGCGACAGUGGUACGUUCUGUAAACCGGUGUUCCGCAUUCCCGCCAUAUUGCCUUUUUUUGCUGUUGCUUUCACUUAGUGCUGCUGCUGUUCAGAUUCCUAGAUCCAAUUACGCAUAAAAGCAUAAUGGGAAAAUGCUUGGACUAAGCUAACGCUUUUUUUUGCUACCGCUUUCUGUAGACCACAUUCGAUAUGCUUUCUGUUUACUGGUAGACCCCUCUUAAUAAUCUACGCAUCCCG